CCACCCGGGGCUCCCUCCCCCGGGCCGCCCCCGAGCGCAAAGUUGGCGGGAGCCUAUAAAAGCCGAUGACGGCGCGACCCGCGGACACAGCGUGCCGGAGCACCAGCAGCAGCCGCUAGACCCGGCGCAACUCCCACUCUGCCCCGACCCCCGCCGGAGCGACCAUGUCCCAUCACUGGGGUUACGGCAAGCACAACGGACCGGAGCACUGGCAUAAAGAGUUCCCCAUUGCCAACGGGGAGCGGCAGUCACCCAUUGACAUCGACACUCACGCGGCCAAGCAUGAUGCUUCGCUGAAGCCUCUGAAGGUGUCCUAUGAGCAGCCGAUUUCUCGGGGGAUCAUCAAUAAUGGCCACUCCUUCAACGUGGAGUUUGAUGAUUCCAACGACAAAGCAGUGCUGAAAGAUGGGCCUCUUGAAGGCACUUACAGGCUGAUUCAGUUUCACUUUCACUGGGGCUCAGCUGACGGGCAAGGCUCCGAGCACACUGUGAACAAGAAGAAAUACGCUGCAGAGCUUCACUUGGUUCACUGGAACACCAAAUACGGGGAUUUUGGAAAAGCCGUGCAGCAUCCCGAUGGGCUGGCUGUUUUGGGUAUUUUCUUGAAGAUUGGGAGUGCUAACCCAGGCCUCCAGAGAAUUGUGGACGCACUGAGUUCUAUCAAAACAAAGGGUAAGAGCAUUGACUUUGCUAACUUUGAUCCUCGUGGCCUCCUUCCUGGAAGCCUGGACUAUUGGACUUACCCGGGCUCACUGACCACCCCUCCUCUUCUGGAAUGUGUGACUUGGAUUGUGCUUAAAGAACCCAUCAGCGUGAGCAGUGAGCAGAUGUUGGGAUUCCGUAACCUCAGCUUCAACAAGGAUGGGGAACCUGAAGACCCGAUGGUGGACAACUGGCGCCCGGCUCAGCCGCUCAAGAGCCGACAAGUCAAGGCCUCCUUUGCUUAAGCGGGCCCAGACCCAGAGUCCGAAGGAUGAACUUCCCGAUGUUUCCCUUUAGCUAAGCACAAAUCUACCUUGGUGAUUUGAAACCUGGCUGCGUUGGGCCUGGUGUUUUCGGGCUCCCCAUCUCUCCUUUGAUGUACUACUAAUAAAAUGUGAAGAGUCGUACCAAAUGUCACACUUGGCAGAAUGGCUGUGACUGGUUGGUGCUUUGCUUAUGGUGUAGGCUUUCUGUAACAGAAACUAUAAUACAAGGAAGAGGAAUAAAAUAUCUUUGUAGCACAGAGGGUGCUGAGUACUCCUAAUUGUCCACUGAAAGCUAUUUUUGAAGCUUAGGAAAAUAGAAUGGAUGAGUGCAAACUCAAAUUGUGAGAUAAACUAGUUAAGGCAAUCAGGUAAAGCCAUGAUUCUAUGUAAUGUAAGUCAGAGAAAACACACAUUCAUAAUUCCAAAAUGAUACAUUAAAGAAUAUCUUUAGAAAGUCUUAUAUUUGUAGCAAACUUAUCUUAAAGAUGAAUUAUGUUGUAAUUCAGUGACUUUUGAAUUAGAGAUGUAAAUGAAGUAUUAUCUGUAAAAAUUGUUAUAAUUAUAGUUGUGAUACAGAGUAUAUUUCCAUUCAGAUAAUAUAUCAUAACUUAAUAAAUAUUGUAUUUUAGAUAUAUUCUCUAAUAAAAUUCAGAAUUCUA